AUGACUGACAGUUCUGUGACUGUGGAACUCAAAUCUAGAUCUCACCAAAAUCAAACCUUUUCACAUACCGUUAUCCUUACAGUCCAGGCCCUUUCUAGCAAUGGUCUGUCGGUGACGUCCACGUCUUCUGCGUUCUACAUCGAUGUAACUCCCCCUGUCAUGGACAUCAUUUUCCACAUUGAUGUGAAGCAGGGUGAACUGGAGCCUGUGAAUUUCCAACAGUCCAACUCCACCAUCAAGGCUUUCUUCAACUUCAUUGACAAUGAGAGCGGAGUCAAAGAAUACUGGUGGGCAAUCGGGACAUCUUUAGGAUCAACAGACAUCCAGGCGUUUACUUACAUUGGGCUGAACCAGGCUGCCUCAAACAGUGAGUUAGAAGGUACUCUGCAGAGUAACCUAACGUACUACGUCACAGUCAAGGCAAUCAACAAUGUGGGGCUGUUUAGCAUUGGAUCAUCUGACGGAGUUCAGUGCCUGUUUGACCCACCAGACAUGACUGAUGUGAACACAACAGUACCAGGAGCUAAAGGUUUUGAUGUGAAAACCAACCAACCUGAUGCGAAACAGAGCAACAACCCUAAAGUCACUGGUGGAACUUUUUCCAAGCCCUCAGAUCCCAGCAUCACCAGAAUUGAAUACUGCUUAAGUAGCAGAGAAGACCUAUCUGACGACAUCUUCCCCUGUACCAUUGUUGGUUACAACUCCUCUGGGUCAGUGGAGGUGAAUGACGGAGAAGGCCUGCUGGUGUCAGGUGAAGUGGUAGCCAACCUGACGGACAUCAAACCUCCCAGUUCCUGCAGUGCCUCUACAAAUGACUCCACGUCAUCCUCACAUAGUUCCAGGUCCAUGACCAGUUUUGUUAAGUCCAAAACAUCUGAUCCCAGCUCUUCUUCAGCAUGCAGCACUAGGACCAGUGCAAGAUCGAGUAGUGUCAGCAGGUUCAACAUGCCUCCUGGAUCGUGUAUGCACCCAACUGUUAAGAUGUGCAAUGAAGCCGGUAGCUGUGCAGCAAAAAAGUUAAAUACUGUGACUAUAAUCACUGAUGAAGAUAAAGCGCAGACCUCUGAGGCAGGUCAAAAAUUGUCCUUUGGCAAAACAUCUCUCAACUCAACUCUGCCAGGACGAAGAAAGAAAAGAUCAGAAGAGGAUAGCAUUGAUGUAAAUGUGGAGUCAAGCACAGUGCUACCCCCUGGUACCACCAUUACCUUUGGGCUGCUGGAUGAAGAGCGGGAGUCAGCAGGAUAUGCCUCAGACUCGUCAGUCGGGUUCGCCCCCUACAUCACUGACCCUGUCCUCACCACACAGACAGACAUGACGGCUAGGAUACUUAGACAACGGUGA